ACGUGAACGCAGCACAAGUCUAGAGUCAGCGAAUAAUUAAAUGCUGUCCAGUCGACAACAGCAACAAUGGCAGGAAUAUUCUGACUUACACUGUGACUUUUUUUAUUUUUUUUACACUUAAAUCAUGUGAACCUAACACAUCCAACUGUGCUGCGGUUGUUAGUAUGACGAAUAAAACAACGCUAAAGUUUUGGAAAAGGCUCAAAUCCCGAACCACGUCAACUUCUCUGUCGUGGCACCAUCAGGAGUCUCUGUGUGGGCACAAAGAAGCUGACAAAGACCUCAAACAUCAGACACCGUUAGUUUCCCAGUCUCCUGCCCCACAUUGUUUAGCCCCGCUGUUUUCUGCCUUUAGGGGAGAGGCUUUCGUUCAGAAUGGACUUAGAUGUCUGGCCUGCUGAUCCAUCAGCGUCCCCUUCCUCAGACUUCUUUUGUCCUGCCAGCCUACCUGCUGGUGGAGCCUCUGAGGCUGAGGUCACCAGACAGACUGCGGCAGCUCUGCCGGGUUCGGAGACGGAGGAUCUGGACUCCUACAACCCAAUCGAGCCUCCUCCGUUAGACUGGAGGUCUGACUCCUCUAGUGAGGCGGGCACGGCAGACGACCUGGAUGACCCCGGCUUCCCUCCCUCUGUUGAAAAUCUGGACAAGGCCAGUCCAGGUGAGCCAGUAUUACUACCCUUGAACAUGAGUGACACCGUGGCUUCACUCGAUGUGUCCCAGCAGGAGCUUGUCGGAAAUAGCGCAGAGCCAGUCCAAGAUAAUGGGGAGGAAUUGGAAGAAGAGGUUGGAGCUGUAGAGGAAGAGGAAGGGGAUUUGGAGGGUGUUGGGGAAUACCAGGAAGAGGGAACAUUAUGUGAGGAGAGUAGAGUAACUGAAGAGGAGGCUGAGGUUGCUAACAGGAGAUCAGGUGAUGAAGACCACAGCCGUAUCCACAGCCUCCUCAACCAGCUCCAGCUGAUGGGGGAAGAGCCUCACCCUAGCCGACAGACACCACCUCACCCUGUCCAGCAUCAGUACCCCAGCCGGUCUGCGCUGGAUGCGUGCGCUCCCUCCCUUAUAACAGAUGACAGCACUGAAACGACGGGACUGCUGUUCUCUGAGAGCCACCAGAGAGACCUGCUGGGGCUGCUGCAGUUCACAGAGAUCAGUGCCACACACCAUCCCACCUCCCCAUCCCACAGAGGAGAGAUGGAUGCUGUGGUGUCAGUUUCGUACAGCCAGGAUGACGCACAGCGAUUCUGGGGGCACCGUGGGAAUGGUCAACGGCGGCGGCACAAGGAGGACUCCCUCUCCUCCCUGCCGGAUGAGGAGUAUCCUGAGCCAGUGUGGAUGAAGCUGGGCGAGGAGCCUCCGGAAGAAGAGGAGGCAGCUGCAGAGAGCGAGCAGAGUGCUGAUCAUCCUUCGUAUAAAGACGUGCCUGGUCCAUGUGACCCUGAAGACCUGCUGGAGGGAGUGAUAUUCGGUGCUAAGUACCUGGGAUCCACUCAGCUCAAAUCAGAGAAGAACCCGUCUACAAGCGCCCGCAUGGCCCAAGCUCAGGAGGCUGUGGACCGCAUAAAGGCUCCGGAGGGAGAGUCUCAGCCAAUGACAGAGGUGGAUCUGUUUAUCUCGACCCAGCGAAUCAAAGUGCUCAACGCUGACACGCAGGAGGCCAUGAUGGAUCACGCCCUGCAGAUGAUCUCUUACAUUGCAGACAUCGGUGACAUUGUGGUCCUGAUGGCACGGAGGAAACGUAAAGGCCAGGAUGGUGACUCAGUCUCUAGCUCUCCGUCUUCAUCCUCCUCCGGGCCUCAGAAGAAGUGCCUAAUGAUCUGCCACGUCUUCUCCUCCGAAGAUGCUCAGACCAUAGCCCAGGCUAUAGGUCAGGCAUUUGGAGUAGCCUACCAGCAGUUUCUUCAGGCCAAUGGCAUCAAGGCUGGUGAUCUGAAGCCUGGAGAGUACAGCGAAUACCUGGAGAGUCAGGAGCUCUACAACGGAGACCUGGCCCACUUCUCCGACUCUCAGAACAUCCGAGAUGUGGUAAUCACCAAGGCUCCUGGAGAGAUCUUGGGUCUGGCAGUGGUGGAGUCAGGGUGGGGUUCCAUCCUUCCAACGGUGGUGGUGGCCAACCUCCUUCACGGAGGUCCAGCCGAGCGCAGUGGCGAGCUGAGCAUCGGUGACCGCAUCAUGUCCGUCAACAACACCAGCAUGGUGGGUCUGCCCAUCACCACCUGCCAGAACAUCAUCCGGGACUUGAAAAGCCAAAAGUAUGUAAAGCUCAGCAUCGUCCACUGCCCCCCAGUAACCAUGGCGAUUAUCAGAAGGCCUGAUCCCAAGUUUCAGCUGGGUUUCAGUGUUGAGGACGGCAUUAUUUGCAGUCUGAUGCGGGGCGGUAUAGCAGAGAGAGGAGGCAUUCGUGUCGGGCACCGCAUCAUCGAGAUCGACGGGCAGAGUGUUGUUGCAACACCGCACGACAAGAUCAUCCAGAUCCUGACAAAUGCUGUCGGAGAGAUUCACUUGAAGACCAUGCCAGCCUCAACGUAUCGACUCUUAACAGGACAAGAGCAGCCAGUUUUCCUUUGAGCACUUCCUGCCGCAUCAAGGACAAAAAAAACAGCAGUGUUCAAGCUACAUGAACUUUUUUGCCAAACUCAGAAAAUAUUAUGCAAUUGAUCACACAGCAUAUCACAAGCUGUUUGUCACACCACUGAAUGCAACAAACUAGUCUAGCUAUAUAUUAUUUUUGAGAUGUAAAGUACAUUGGAAUUUUAUUUUGAAAGAUAUUUUAAAGUGACAGGGAUAGAUGGUAGCUCUCACUUUAUAUUAUCUGAUAUUUAACAUUUCAGGCAGUAGCGAAAAUGAAAUAAUUCCUAAGUGGAAUAUUUUUUGACUUCACUAACUUUUACAUGGUGGUGAUGGUGCUGAGUAUUCUGUUCUGAAGAGUCUGUGGUCUUCCUGCCCGGUGUGUUGCCAAUGUGCCUGAUCUGAACGUGCUUGUAGGGGAAACCUUAUUGAAUCAGGACGAAGAGUCUCUGUAUUUCAUUGUGAUGUACUUCCAGUCCGUCACGUACACAUGCAUAUCAACAAGUGUCUGCCAGUCACUUCAGAGAGCGCAAUGUAGUCAAGUGCUCUGGUUCAUUCACACAGCGCUUCCCUCACUGUGCCUGACAGGUAGCAGAUAUCAUGCACGGUUAAAGGUAAUUGCCUUUUUUGAUAGACAGAUGCAUAUAUUUUUAAGAAUUUGCUGUUCGGGAUGUUCAUUAAAAUGAUCUGUAAGAUAUCUUCUUGAUGUUUAUUUAUUGACAGCUGGUGGUUGGUGAACAAGUUUCAAGGUGCAAAUUUGCUUUUGUGUUAUAGGCUAUACAUAUAAUAUUAAGUCAUUUUUAAAACAAACUGCAUGCCUUUUUAGGUAUGAGCUACAGCUACUGUGUAUCUACAUUUUUAAAGAUCUUGAUGCUGUCUUGCAAUAAAUGUAUUUUAAAAAGCUGACAUUAAAUUGAUAAUAGCACAGUUCUAUAAGAAAAUGUAAUAAUUGAAAAUGUAAUGUCAUUAAUAUUUUCACACUCUUAAGUAUAAAAUGUAUUCAAAUACUGCUUGUGCUAAUAAAGUAACGCCUUUUAUUUA